CUUCUUAAGUAUCUUUCAAGAAACACGUCUUUCUCUUGAUACUGUUUGGUAUAGAAUCACAAAACAAUUAUGGUCAAAAUCGCGGUAGCUGGAGGCACAGGAAACGUCGCAACCUGCAUGCUCAAAGAAACUAUCGCCUCCAACCAACACGACAUCACAAUCUUCACGCGCUCUGCCCCCUCAAAGCCACAUCCCUCCCCUAGAGUCUCCUACCUCCAGGUCGACUACACCUCCCGCGAUGCCCUAACAAACGCCCUCCGUGGAGUACACACCGUACUCUCCUUCUUCGUCGUGCACCUGGAUGUCGACAACAUCGGACAGAAGAACCUCAUCCACGCCAGUAUCGCAGCAGGCGUAUCCCGUUUCGCCCCCUCAGAAUGGAGCAUUGCCAGCAACAGCGGCAUACCCAGCUACGUAGUAAAAGACCAAGUCCGCAGCUACAUAGAAGACCUAGAUGCCAAAGGCGAGCUAAACGGCAUGCAAUAUUGUCUCUUCCAACCAAGCAUCUUCAUGGAUUACUUUGCGCAUCCGUACCCGCUCGAGCCUGAUCUCAUCACCUGGCCUUUCUUCGUCGAUUUCGAGAACAGGCGCGCGAUGCUGCUGGAUGAGGGAGAUCAGCCGAUUGUGCUGACGGCCAUGCAGGACAACGCUGCGAUUCUUGCAAAAGCACUUGCGGAUACGGAGAGGCCUUGGCCCAAGGUUGGUGGCAUAAGGGGGUGCCAGACUACUAUUAACGAGAUCAUUGCGCUGGGAAAGAAGUUGCGGGGCGGCGAGUGGUCGAUUGAGCGGGUGUCUGGUGCUGAUAUAAAGGAGGGAGAGCUCAAGACGAGUUGGAUUCCGCAAUUUUCGCAUCCAACGGUGCCGGCAGAUCAGCAGGAUGUCUUUUCCAAGGCGUUCGUGAUUAUGUUUUUUCAGGCGAUUCUAAACGGGUCGUGGAAUGUGAGUGCGGAAUGGAACGAGAGGUUUCCAGAUCACAAGUUUAUGGGUUUGGAGGAAUAUCUUGCCAAGGCCUGGGAGGGUAAGCCGUAGUUGUGUUUACUUGGUGUCAAAAGUUAUGCACUGAUCCCAUGAUUUUAACUACCAUGGGUGAGUGGCUAACUAUAUUUUACUCUAUAUACCCCUGAAGGCACGUGCCUUGAGUUUCAACACUUGGAAGGGAUAUAGGAAUGAAUAUGUCGCUGCUGGAAUGAUUCUGUUUUCCAUUGCUUUGCUACUUAGUAUCACUGUCUUUCAGGACAAUUCUCGAGCCCAGACAUGCACAAUAGCAAUCCACAGGUAAAUGGAGAUAAAAUUGAGUGAGAUGUAAUGGGAAUUAAUUUAUCGAGUCGA